CUUAAACUUUUGCUACCGCUCUGCAAGCGCUGGAGUGUUCGUGUACCCCCGAGGUCUGAUUCUGUGGGUGAGGACACCUACUCGAAUGAUUUGAUACAGCGUCUUGCUCUGAAGGUUGGUCGUGUUAUGGAGCGGAAGUUGAGUGUUGGUGAGGAUGAUGUAGUGUUAUUUUCUCCAGUAAGCCCUGUUCUUUCGUUUGGUUUUAGUGGAUGUCUAUUUUCUGAAGACAAACCAGGAUUUGACGGAUGCAGUUUUUGUCCUAGAACCUCUGUUACACAAAUACCGUGUGCAGACACAUCAUGUACUGCGGAAGAAUUGUGUUCAAAAACUGCUGAUUCUAUUGUGACUAUAUUUGCGCAAUCAUAUGUUUAA